AGGAAGAGAUCCGGCAUGGCUGACGACGCGAGUCUUGAGGCCCCGCUGUGCUCCGAGCAGUUCGGCUCCGGGGCGGCCCGGAGCUGCUGCGCCGCCGCCGACGGGGGCCUGCAGUGGGAGGCCUGGGGGUGGCGCUGGUGGGGGUUCUCUGGGCCUGUCACAGUAAAACCCGAAGGACGAGAUGGGGGUGGAGAGGGGGCUCCCGGGACCGCCUCACCGCUUCUCUCCCGGCUCCUGGCCGUGUUCCUGCCACAGGGCUUCCCCGAUAGCGUCAGCCCGGACUAUCUGCCCUACCAGCUAUGGGAUUCUGUGCAGGCUUUUGCUUCCAGCCUCUCCGGCUCCCUGGCCACCCACGCAGUCUUGCUAGGCAUAGGGGUAGGGAACGCAAAAGCUUCUGUUUCAGCUGCCACGGCCACCUGGCUCGUGAAAGAUUCAACUGGCAUGCUGGGCCGCAUCGUCUUUGCCUGGUGGAAGGGGAGCAAACUGGACUGUAAUGCCAAGCAGUGGAGGCUUUUUGCUGACAUCCUCAAUGAUGUAGCCAUGUUUCUUGAGAUUAUGGCUCCUGUAUACCCAAUCUGUUUCACCAUGAUCGUCUGCACCAGCAACCUGGCCAAGUGCAUUGUAAGCGUGGCUGGCGGGGCCACCCGGGCUGCACUGACCAUGCACCAGGCCCGGAGAAACAACAUGGCCGAUGUGUCAGCCAAGGAUAGCAGUCAGGAGACGCUGGUAAACCUGGCAGGGCUCCUGGUCAGCCUCUUGAUGCUUCCUCUGGUGUCAGAUUCCCCUGGCUUCAGCCUUGGUUGUUUCUUCCUCCUCACUGCCCUCCACAUCUACGCCAACUACCGGGCAGUCCGAGCCCUUGUCAUAGAGACCUUGAACGAGGGCCGGCUCUGGCUGGUCCUGAAGCACUUCCUUCAGAGUGGAGAGGUUCUUGGCCCCACUUCAGCCAAUCAGAUGGAACCACUGUGGACAGGUUUCUGGCCAUCUGUGUCUCUAUCUUUGGGCGUCCCCCUACACUGCUUGAUCUCCAGUGUCUUUGAGCUGCAACAGCUGGUUGAGGGGCACCAAGAACCCUACCUCCUUCACUGGGACCAGUCAAAAAACCAUGUACAGGUAGUUCUGAGCCAGAUGGCAGGCCCUGAGACCGUCCUGAGGGCCGCCACACACGGGCUGGUGCUUGGAGCCCUGCGGGGAGAUGGGCCCCUCCCGGGAGAGCUGGAGGAACUGAGGAACCGAGUACAGGCAGGUCCUGAGAAAGAGAGCUGGGUCAUCGUCAGGGAGACGCACCGAGUGUUGGACAAGCUAUUCCCAAAGUUCUUGAAAGGGGCAGCCCAGAGUCUCCUCCCCAGCAGUCCCGGCAGCACCCCCAUGACCUCUCCCCAGGAUUGCAGGAUGCGGGCUGGAAGACUGAGAAGCACCAGCUAGAGGUGGAUGAGUGGAGGGCCACAUGGCUCCUGUCUCCAGAAAAGAAGUUCUCAUGAGCAGCCCAGACAGAGGUCCAGGUCCCAGGACAGGAGCCUGGAGCAAGGACACUUUGGCCACAGCAGAACGUGGGAAAGGCAGCUUUAUUUUUGCUUAGGGGAACUGCGUGGCAGGUUGGCCAGGGCCUCAGAGGAAGUGACUGCCAGUCAGAUGGACUGGACCCCAGGCAGAGACAAGGUGGAGAGAAGGGGAACCAGGGCCUUCCCCCUCCCCCUCCUGCCCCACUCCCUUCUCACCACUGCAGGCUCCUCACCCCCACUCAUUGUGAGGCUGAGCCCUGCCCUGGCUGUGGCUUAUGGUGUCCAACACAGUUGGCCUCAGGCAUAAAAGCCCCAGAGGAACAUGGCCACAGCCAUCAUGAGCAGGGCAUUGAUGUUCACCACACGGGCCCAGCUCGGGUCCUCACUGAUGUCUUCCAGCCGCCUGGCUGCUGCAGCCACCUCCUCCUGGGUAGGAGCUG